GCGGCGCGGAGCAGCCCUCGCCGCAGCGGCUCCAGCCCCGAGCAUCCCCCGCCGCCCCGGGGACACCCCCCAGCCCCGAGCCCUCCCCCGGCCGCAGCGGGGACCCGCGGGCUCGGGCCGGCUCCAUGCAGACCCCCAGGCUCCACCUCCCCCCAGGUACCCGGGGGCUGCAACUGGGGGUCCAGCUCAGCGCUCAGGGGCCCUCCAGGCUCCUGCCCCCUCCAGUGACAGCUCCACCUCCCCCAGGUACCCCCUCUCUGAGCAGCGGGGACCUGAGCGGGGCUGGGGGGCACCUCUGGGUACUGUGAGUGCCCCCCGACCCACGGACCGGCGAGGAUGUGACCCUCUGGCGAUGCCCGGCUGCGCCGCGCUCGCCGCCAGGCCGGCGGCACAGGAUGGAGCCCUUCCUGCCCUCCCCGUGGGGCUGGAACGGCUCUAGAGGGGGGGCCCGGCCUCCCAACAGCACCGCCGAGGCCAAGCCCAAGGACGCGGCCUCCAAGUCUGUGGGAUUGUUCUUCAUGGUGCUGCUGGACCUGACGGCCAUCGUGGGCAACGCCGCCGUCAUGACGGUCAUCGCCAAGACGCCGGCGCUGCGCAAGUUCGUCUUCGUGUUCCACCUGUGCCUGGUGGAUUUCCUGGCCGCCCUCACGCUGAUGCCGCUGGAGAUGCUGUCGGGCUCGGCCGUGUUCGAGAGCCCGGGGCUGGGCGAGGCCGUGUGCCGCGUGUACCUGUUCCUCAGCGUGUGCCUCACCUCCAUGUGCAUCCUGUCCAUCUCCACCGUCAACGUGGAGCGCUACUACUACGUGGUGCACCCGCUGCGCUACGAGGUGCGCAUGACCGCGGGGCUGGUGGCCGGCGUGCUGGCCGGCGUGUGGCUCAAGGCCGUGGCCACCUCGCUGGUGCCCGUGCUGGGCUGGCUGUCCCCCGACCGCCCGCCGGCGCCCGGCGCUCACGGCUGCUCCUUGCAGUGGAGCCGCGGGCCGUCCUGCAAGGUCUUCGUGGUCUUCUUCGCCGCCUUCUACUUCGUCCUGCCGCUCCUCAUCAUCGUCGUGGUCUACUGCGGCAUGUUCAAGGUGGCGCGGGUGGCAGCCAUGCACCACGGCCCGCCGCCCACCUGGAUGGAGACGCCGCGCCGGCGCUCGGCGUCGCUCAGCAGCCGCUCCACCAUGGUCACCACCUCGGGGGCUCCUCGGACCACCCCACAGAGGAUGUUUGGCGGGGGCAAGGCGGCCGUCGUGCUGCUGGCCGUGGGCGGCCAGUUCCUCUUCUGCUGGUUGCCCUACUUCUCCUUCCAGCUGUACACGGCGCUGAGCACGCGGCCCUUGGCCGGGCCGGCGGCCGAGACUGUGGUCACCUGGCUGGGCUUCUGCUGCUUCACCUCCAACCCCUUCUUCUACGGCUGCCUCAACCGGCAGAUCCGCGGGGAGCUGGGCCGCCUGCUCACCUGCUUCUUCAAGCAGCCCCCCGAGGAGGACCUGCGGCUGCCGAGCCGCGAGGGCUCCAUCGAGGAGAACUUCCUGCAGUUCCUGCAGAGCACCGGGCGCCCGCCGGAGCCCCCCAACCCCGAGCGGGACCUGCCCCCCGUGGAUUUCCGCAUCCCGGGGCAGAUCGAGGAGGAGGCGGCCGAGGCGAUGGAGUGGGGUGGGGGCAGCGGCGUGUUCGUGCCCGUGGCGGGCUCUGCCAAGGCGGGGCUGUAGCGUCUGGGGUAAAUGUGGCUGUGAGGGGAGAGAUGGUCACAGUGACUUGUUGGGGGGGGCUUCGUCACCGCCGUGGAGGCUUGGAGGUCCCACAGUGCUUACUGGGCUGGGAGUACCACGCUGCCAUGGAGGGUGGGGGUCCCCACUGCAGCCACAGGAACUGGGGGGCCCACAAGGCCCACUGGGGUGAUGGGGUGGGGGCUCCUUGCUGCAGCCAUGGAGAGUCGGGGGUCCCAUGGCACUUGCUGGCGUGGGAGUGAUUCUCACUGCUGUGGGGGGUCCCACAGCACUCAUUGAGGUUGGGGGGUC